AAUCGCUAUGACAGCUUCUGGGGACUUUAACCCAGACAAAUGCGACAUUCUGGUUUAAUGGCGAAAAUAACAACCUCACCACACCAUUGGCCAAAGACAACGAGUGGGUCAUCUAUAACAUGCAGAUGACCGUUUUAUUCAGAGUGUUUUACGAUACACGAAACUGGAUGGGUAUCAUUUGUACGCUGAACGAUCCAUCCAAAUACGAAACUAUACCCACGUUAAACCGAGUACAGCUGAUCUUGGAUUCGCUUAGCUUUUCACAAGUCGGUCAAUUGGACUACGAAAUCACGUUCCAACUUUUGAAAUAUCUAAAACACGAAGAAGAGUAUUUACCGUGGUUUGCUGCUCUCAGCGGUUGGAAAAAGAUUGAUGAUUUACUGAAGAGGACUCCAAAACAUGAAGUAUUCCAAAACAAUAUGCGGGAUAUGUUGUCGUGUGUGUAUAGCAAAUUCAGAAACAUGGACGAGAAAGUUAAUGGUUAUGAAAACAUACAACUUCAAAGUCUCGUGAUUUCCAGAGCUUGCGAAUACCAAACAAAGGACUGUAUCCAACGAGUUCUGGACAUAUUUAGAAAGUGGAUGAAAAGUAUAGACCCAGACAAUAAUAAUAUAUUGCCUAAAGAACUGAAAGACACUAUUUGCAUUCAAGCUAUACGAUAUGGAGGUGAAGAAGAAUGGAAUUUUUUAUGGGAACGUUAUCAGUGUUCCAAUCUUCAGUUGGAAAAAGAUAAUAUGAUCUUUGCAUUAGGAUGUACUCCAAUAGAAUCGUUACUACUGAGAUAUUUGAAUUGGUCACUUGAUGAAUCUAUUAUUCCCAGAGAAUACGCCUCCGCAGUAUUCUCCUCUGUAACGUUAAAUGAAGCUGGAUUUUUAGUAGCAAAAGAAUUUUUGUAUUGCAAAAUUGCAGAUAUAUAUGAAUACUACCAACGUCAAGGCGAUAGUUUAAUUACAUAUGUAUAUUAUAUUGCGUAUCAAAUGAAAACUAAAGAAGAAUUAGAAGAGUUCCAAUCAUUUAUUACAAAAUCAUCAAGUUACUUUAAAGAAUCUGAUAUUGAUAUCAAUGAUAUAACUGCGACUAUUACGGGAAACAUUGAAUGGACAUCGAAGUUUUAUAAUAGAAUAGUACAAAAUGAAUGAUGUUAUGAGUAGGCGCCUGAACACAGUUUGAUUUGUAUUAAUAACUGUACAGUUUUCGGCCACUUUGACAUAAUACCUAUUACGUAACAUACUAGAAAUAUUAAGUUAUUCCCAUUUUCAACUAUAUACUUAUUUAAUAAUCUGACGUAGUUAAUAUUUUACCUUGAGUUGUGUCACAAGACACAAGUUUCAGAUCAGAAUAGUCUAUUGGAUAUCUUAAUAAAAUUCGUCAUAUUUAAAUGUCAUCGAAUAUAUUCAUUUAUUUUCACAAGUUAAUAUAAUUCGAUGUAAAUAUAAC